AUGGCGAAGAAGAAAGAUUCAGGGGAGAGUGGAACCGCUCGUGGAGGUGAUAUUCUUGCAAAAAUCUUAUUCUUAUUCUUAUAUUCUGAUGCUCUUGCCCAUACUCACAGACAAGAGAGACAGAAACCUAACGACACAAGCAUUAGAUUGCUUAAGAUGGCUAUUCUGGUUGAGAAGCCAGAACCCCUAAAUACGGAUACAAGAACUAAAGACUAA